AUGUCAGCACAAGAUAAUCGCAACUUCCACAGGUUAGGGAUAUCGGUGUAUAUUGGUAUCGGAGCUGGAAAGCCUAGAGCUAAAUGGCUCGAAUGA